UGUCCAUUGAAAGUCGGAAGUUGUUUUCUAGUUAGUGAAACUUUACAAAAUGGCAGAAGACAACUCUUAUGAGUCCAUGCUCUGCGUCAAGCCCGAGGUCCACGUCUACAAGAUCCCGCCGCGCGCCUCUAACCGUGGAUAUCGUGCUGCUGACUGGAAGCUGGAUGAACCUUCAUGGAGUGGAAGGAUGAAAAUCACUGCCAAAGGCAAGAUUGCUUUCAUAAAGUUAGAAGACAAAAACACAGGAGAGCUGUUUGCACAAGCUCCAGUCGACCAAUAUCCAGGUUGUGUGGUUGAAUCAGUCACCGACUCCAGCAGGUAUUUUGUGAUACGGAUAGAGGAUGGCAAUGGACGUCAUGCUUUUAUUGGUCUGGGCUUUGCUGAUCGUGGAGACUCAUUUGACUUCAAUGUUGCUUUACAAGACCAUUUUAAAUGGGUGAAGCAAGAGGGUGAGCUCGCGAAAAUGGAAGCUUCUGAGUGCACAACUCCGAAGCUGGACCUGAGCUUCAAAGAGGGACAGACAAUCAAGAUCAGCAUUGCGAACAUCAAGAAGAAGGAUGCGGGUGGUGUCAAACCGCGGGGGGCAGUUGGAGGUCUGCUCCCACCCCCACCGGGCGUAAAGGCUGGAGUCAUGGUGCAACCUCCUGGAGGACAAGAAGCAGUCCCAGCUGUUCAAACUAACACGGACGCUCUUUUAGACUUCGGUUCCCAAGUCCCUGCAGCCGUGCCCAGCUCGGACGGUUGGGGGGAUUUCACAUCGGCAGGUUCCAACUCCAGUAAAGAUGAAGUCAAAUCAGGAUGGGUGCAGUUUAGUUGAGUUGUGAGAAAAUGUGCACACACUCAGGUUCCAUACAUUCCAUGGGCAGGACCAUUUGGCAAAAAGAAAAGAAUCUAAAAGAGAGGAACUGUUAGUAAUAACUUGACCGCCUCCGUCACUGCUUUUGUUCUGUAAAGAGUCUGUUUAUGUUGACCAUAGCCCGCUGACCAACACAUUCUGAAGGAACAAACAGCAAAAUGUACAGAAUUUUGACAAUAUGACUAUUCUUUUCAUACUCUGCUAUGCAGUGAGGUUUGAUUUUUAGUCUGGUAGCCUCUAAACUGUCAUUGUUAGAGACUCUGCACUCUCAGAAAAGUGAGGGUAGUGAUGGUUGAAGUUCAAGGUUGAUUCCUUAAACUAACAGGUGCGUGUCCACCGCCUUAAAUCAACUGCUCCUUUAUUUUAUUUCUACUUUCUAGUCAAUCUGUCAAAAACAGAUUUGAAUCGCAUCCCUCUAUUUUUCUUCUGCUGUCAGUGUCACAUUUAUCUCAUUACACCAACAAAACUCAUCUCAUAAUUAUCUGAACCAUUUGGGAAUACACAAUGAUUUACAAUUGAAGUAUGUAUUUUGUUUAGCUGUGUGUGUGUUAGUGAUCUUACAUAUAUGUUUAAUUAGUUAGGGCCCGGGCACAGAAUGGUGCACAUAACAUGGCCCAAACAUGCUCGCUGUGCGAACAAUUAUAUAUUUUCUGGGUCUUGCCCAUUGGCAUGGCAAAUGGCUCGAUUGCACAGUUUAAAAAUUCAAAGAUCCCUGCUUUAACUUUGCUCUAGAUGUAUGAAAUUCAGGAGAUGUGUCUAUUAGGCAUACGCCUCUUGGAGCUGUACUCUAUACCCAACAGGAAAUUUGCCAUUUUGAAUUUAUCGGUCAAAUCUUAGGCUUUUUUUUUGCCAUUUAUACACUCUGUACUUGAUGAAUUCGUUGUAGGAAAUUAAUUUAUUCCUCAAUUUUUUUCAGUCUAAUCUUGAUACUUUCAUUGUAAUAGAAUGCAAAGGGCUAUUUUGGGUUUUUUUGAUUUGAAGAAGUCCAUUUACACUUACUACUUACCAUAACCUGGAUUACUGACAAUCUUCAGUCCUUCAACAAUCUCUCAACUCCUGAAGAAGGUGGAGAGGCCUGCUGUCAACGAGGGAAAAAAAAGCUGGACAUGGUGCCAGGCUUUUUGUACAGGCGACUUUUCAUAGAGGAAGCAAUACAUUUCUGGCUUUCAUAUGAGACAGGAAACCAUUAGCAGCUCUGGACAAGUCAUUUCAGUUAGGGAUAUUUCAUUGUACCCAGAAAUGAUUGUGAUAAAUUAUAUUGUAAUAAUUUUUGGAACCAGUUCAUACCACUGAUGAUAAUAUUAUAGCAUAUUAAUAACUGACCUUUCAAAGACCAAUGCACUUUGAAGUCUUGAGCAUAUUCAGUCCGACAUUUGUAUUAGAACAUUUUAAAAUAUAGUAAAUAAAAUAUGAUUAAAAUAGACCACACACAACCAAAACAAUAAUGAAAUGGACACUCUGGCUCUGUUAACAAAAGUCACUUCCCUUACUUCUCCUCCAUGCUGUUGAUCUCUGAUGAUGUGAAAAGCCUCUGUCCCCCUGUCUGUGUGGCUGUUAGCCUGGUUGUUCAGCCACCAGAUUAUCAAGGACAGUAAACAAAACAAUUGGGUCUGGCAAGAUGCAUGUCAAUUGUAGCUCUCGUCUUGACAGUCCCUGAGGACUGUUUAUUACCAGGUUUUCUUUUGUUACCCAUCCCUAAGUAAAGUAAUUAUUUUUUCCUAUUUUGUCACCUCCCCCCUCUCCUUUGUCUGGUCAUUAUGGUGAAAGUUAAUGUGUAAAACAGUCAGCACUACUUGAGAAUUCUCAAAUUGUUAGUAUCUUUGUCUCUUUCUGCCCAUUCCGUUGUCACUCUACUUGAAAUGUUACACACCGUCCUGUCUCCAUUUACAAAGCAGAAGUUUUGUAGAUUAGCAGUAGAAUCCAUUGUUUCACCUACAUUUGAUGAUCUAUCCAAGAAGCGAGGGGCCUUUAAUACUCCUCGCACCUUAAACUUUUCGUUGAAGUUCUUAAACCCUCAUCAGAAAUACAAUUUGUCAUCACUGUGUUGGCAUAGUCGUGAUCGCCAUUUUAUCUGUGAUUCAAAGUUUGAAAAUGGUCUGUUCAUCUUUGUUUACACCCUCCAUGUCUUUUCCUCGUGUUUUUUUUAUGUGCCUUUUACCAAAUAGAAUUUUCCUUUAUCUUGUUGAUAAUUUGCAACAAGAAUUUGAUCAAGUGCCUUUCUGAAAAAGAUCUAAAACUUAUAAAAUGUUAUGUUUCCAUGUAAAUAAACGGUGUAUUUCAUUGGA